ACGCGUGUCCUGACAAGCUUCGCCUCUUGGCUUUGAAGAACAGUAUAGAACCAACACGAAUCAAUUCAACCACUCCCCUUCUCUCUCUCUCUUCUUCUUCUUCUUCUUCUCUUUUUCACUCUUGUCUCAUACAUAUUCUAGUGAGAGAAACUAAACCCCCAACAAACCAGAUAUUUCAUCUUCUUCUUCUUCCAUUUCAAAAGGUUGCUUUGGUGACUGACAGAGAGACAUGUACGUGGCUUCCAUGCGCAAGUCUUUCAAGGAUUCCUUAAAAGUCCUUGAAGCUGAUAUCCAACACGCCAAUACUCUGGCAUCAGAUUUUCCUAGGGAGUAUGAUGGUGCAAGCCUUCAGAUGAGGAUGUCCUAUAGUCCAGCUGCGCACUUGUUUCUUUUUUUUGUUCAAUGGACUGAUUGCCAUCUUGCUGGAGCUCUUGGAUUGUUAAGAAUCCUAAUUUACAAGGUGUAUGUGGAUGGAACAACCACCAUGUCUACCCAUGAAAGAAAAGCAAGUAUAAGGGAAUUCUAUGCUGUUAUUUAUCCCUCUUUAUUGCAACUUGAAAGAGGUGUCACUGAUUCUGAGGAUAUAAAACAAAAGGCUGUAUGUAUGGAGAGGUAUCGUCGAAGAGAUGAUGAUGACUACCGGCAAUCUUCUGACAUAGACAUUGAAAGAGAAGAUGAAUGUGGGAUAUGUAUGGAGAUGAAUAGUAAAAUUGUGUUGCCCAACUGUAAUCAUGCUAUGUGCCUCAAGUGUUAUAGAGAAUGGCGAACAAUAUCACAGUCGUGCCCAUUCUGCCGUGACAGUCUGAAGAGAGUGAACUCAGGGGAUCUCUGGGUAUUCACUGAUAGAAAGGAUGUGGUUGAUAUGGCAACUGUGACAAGGGAGAAUCUCAGAAGGCUUUUCAUGUACAUAGAUAAGUUGCCAUUGAUUGUUCCAGACUCUAUCUUUGACAUGUAUGACUCUCACAUAAGGUAAGUCAUUGCAACAGACAGAUUUUAAUGUAUGCUGUUGUCUUGGAUUGAUAGUUGUUACGCCCUUUCGAUGCGAAGCUAGUCAUAUAAAGUCCGAAUCUGAUUCACCAAAUUUAGUUUAUGUUAUAUAUGUAGAGUUGCAGUUGUUGCUUCCCACUUCUACCAAAAAUAUCCAACCCUUUGUUAUUGUGGGUUGGUGGUGAAGUUGUGAUGGUAAAUUUGUAUCUAGCUAGCUUAUAUGUAUAUCCCUGUACAGAUUGAAUUAGGUAAUAGGUACUACUUAACCAGAGAUUUGCACAAUCUACUCUUGUCUGAGUUACUUGAAUUGUUUCUUUGGAUGUAAUGGCAUAUGGAAAUUGUUUUCUAUUAUGGCUUUCGGUGAAUUGUUAUGUAUAAAUUAUCAGUGUGAAUUGAUGUA